AUGACAAACAGGAUCCAGAUAUUGUCAAGAUUGUCAAUGCACUCCAUGACCCCAAUUUCAAGUUCUCAAAAAACCAUUGGCCUUUGGAAGGUGUUUUGGGUGCACACAUCGUCAAGGCAGAAGACGAAAAGAGGAGCCUUUCCCUCAGAUGAAUCAAGUCGCAAGAGACCCUGCACAGCCUCUGUCUCUGCCGCAUCAUUCGUUGGUGAUGAAGGGGCCGGAGUUGUCGCUACUAUGAAAGGGCACUUCGACCAAUGCUUCAAAAGCUUUUCAACCAAGAUGCUGAAUGGUCUCGGUAGCUGUGAAAAGCAGAUCAAACGUCUCACCGAGAAGGUUGAAUCUGUAGAGCGUGCGGUAGAAGAGUUGACUACAGGGUCGGCGAAGCACACUGAGGAAGAGGUUAAAGACAAUGUAGAGCCAACCCAGCAGCAGGGCACUGGAUCCAAGAAGCAUGAAGGGACGUGUGAUGUUGACUUCGACGCGGUUGCACUAGCCAAAAAUGCCAAAGCCAGAGAAGCGGCUCAGAUAGUUGCCCAAACAACGAGUGCCAGACACCGCCAGCUGGCUGCGAUACAGAAGAGUCCGUUUUUAGGAAACAGCACCGCAAAUGCCAUCAUUCCAUCGUCGGCAUCUCACUCCGGCCGUGUCCGUGGAUAUGAUCCUUUUGAUCAAACCGGUGUCAAGGCGAAGCAUAUCACUCUAAUGAACUUUAUCAAAUCAAACCCUGCCUAUCCAAAACGCCCAAGACACUCUUCAAUCGAGUGGUAUUACAUUUUCCGGACACCGACGAAAUGGCUAGCUGAUACGCACAUGGAAGCUUACAUUAACCUACUCAGGCUGCGAUUAUCCAAGCAUCCAGAGUGUUUUGUAUCCGACCGGAUUUGCUUCCUCAACUCCAUGUUUGCUACUGUUUGGAGGCGUGACUACAAAGACUUCAAAAACUCUGAACCGAAUGCACAUGGGUCUGGCAAACUUCUACCGCCUGGAGCAUAUUCGUAUUACACUGGCGAAUUACCUAUCUACUGCCAACCUAAGAAGACGUGGGCAUACGAUGUCGACUAUUUGUACUUCAUGUUGCACAUUAGGGAGGACCAUUGGGUAGUUAUAUGGGUCUCAUUUGUGUCGAGGCAUAUCACGAUAUGGGAUAGCCAUGCGAGAACCAAAUAUGCAUAUGACGAACAAAUUGCCGAAGCUGUGGAGCCUCUUGCGGUUAUGAUACCCUACCUUCUUCAGACCUGUGCACCUGACGAUGACAAGUGGAAAUUCCCCUACACGCCAUUCACCCAUUCGCGAGUACCAGGUACGGAGAUACCUCAAAACAUUCAGAGUGGUGAUUGCGGAGUGUACUGCCUGAAGUAUAUCGAGUGUCAUGCAUUGGAUUUGCCAUUUCCUCCGGAACUUUGCGAUAAAAACAUUCGAAAAAUCAGGGAGAAAAUGGCUGCAGAGCUCUUUGACGAAACAGGUUGUAGGGGCCAUGAUAAGCUAGAUGCAACCGGGCUGGAUGUCUAUGAUAGGAAAGCUUAG